CCUCCAUCGCGGACAGAGUAAAGCAAAGAAGUAGAAAUAACAGCGGCAUAUCUUACUGUUCAGUUGAUGAGAACAACCUGAUGGGGAGUCAAGCAAAUACAAGGGCUACUGAUAAUGAAGAUAGAAAUAUUCUUGUGACACAGCAAACAUUGACAGAAUCACUGCAAGGGAAACAUAUGGAAGUGGCAUCAGAUUUUAGCAGCGAUGCAACCAUGGAGUAUAAUGAAAUUUAUAAAACUGAAAUUAAAGUUAGUUAUAAAACUGAAAUGAAAGAUGGAAGUGACGAUGCCGUCAAUGAAAUGUUGAGUGAUUGUUCCACAAUUGGCUCUCUGUCUAGAUUAAACAACACGACGACAGCUGGUAAAUGUAUCAAAUGCAACAAACUUGAAGAUGGUCGCAGCACAGUUUCAGAUAUUAAUAAAUACAGUGCUCAUUGUAACAUGGUCUCUCAAACAGUUAAUACUGUACAAAAUGAUACUCAAGAAAGUAAUGUAUCAAGUGCUCACAAAAGAAAGAGCAAACACAGUUCUUCAGCAAUCAACUCUUGCAAUGAAUUUAAAG